UAGUAUCAUAUCACACUUGUAAACAACAUUGUGGCCGACACUCCCAAUUUCUUUUUGAAAAUGAAGUUCAUACUUUAUGUAUUGGCUUCCAUUUUGUUAUUUGGGUUGUCUGUCUUGUUAAGCCUGUACAGCAGCGCCAACGUGUAUGCUGCGGCGGUAAUGAUCUCGCAGAGUCCAAUCCAUAUUACAAUUGGGCUAAAUGUGUGUCUUUGUAUCUUCUUUGCAAUUGCAAAUGCAUUAAAGGCACUCCUUUUUGGAUCCCUACAAACGUUUGAAUUGGAGUUGUUGUAUGAACAAUUUUGGAUUACACUUACGGAAGCAAUGAUUUCCAUUACCACUUUGCGCGAUCCGAUCUCUAUUUCGUUUUUUUUGUUGUUAAGUGCUCUGAUGUUUGCUCGAGUAUUUCAUUCUAUUUGCGCAUUCCGUACUGAAAGACAGCAAGUUCAAUUGACAGACCGUCAAUUUAAUAUCUUUAAUCGGCUCACAUGUGCCUUACUUAUUUUGGCUGUUUUAGACAUUACGUUCGUUUAUUUGUGCAGCAACGAGUAUUUUGGCGAUAUUUCGACAAGGAUACUUUUUAUUUGUGAAUUCUCCGUGCUAUUUGUUAAUAUAGUUACAGAAGCUAUAAAGCUUGGACUUUAUGUUUAUGAAACUCGUCAUCCUGAGCAGGUAUGGCAAGAAAAGAGCAUCUAUCUUUUUCGAUUGGAGGUCGUUCGGGAUGCUUUACGUCUUCUUGCAUACAGUAUAUUACUCCUUUUUCAACAUAGUUAUGUGAGUUUUCCCCUGUAUGCUAUUCGACACUUGUAUAUUAGCUUUUAUUCUCUGUUCCGCCGCCUUCGUGAACAUGCUCGCUAUCGACAAGCUACUCGUGAUAUGGAAGCUAUGUAUCCCAGUGCAACUGAAGAGCAAUUAUCCAAUUCUGAUCGUACAUGUACCAUUUGUAGAGAAGAAAUGUUUCACCCUGACUUUCCCCCUGAAAAUAUUGAGGAAAUGGAACCACUUCCUAGAGGUUUGGAUAUGACGCCAAAGCGUUUACCUUGUGGUCACAUUCUUCAUCUUCAUUGUCUAAGGAACUGGCUUCAAAGACAGCAGACCUGCCCCAUUUGUCGAAGACCUGUCUUUGGAGAACAUGCUUCCUCCCCUGCAAAUACUGCCGUAAACCCUUUCCCAGUUCCUACUCCUACUGCUGUCGAAAAUGCAAAUCAAAACAUUCCACGAACAUUUUCUCCUAAUGUUGGACCAAGAAACGCUAACUUGCAACCUACACACACAAUAAGGCCGGGUACUACUCCUCCUUCAUGGGGCCAAUUUCAAAAUCUUAAUGGUACAAUUCCUUUGCGUAACGGAUGGAGUAUGCUCCCUAUACCCGGUGUACAAAAUAUUCCCGCUAAUAAUACUACGAAUAUGUCUGCUGAUACCAACGCUGAAGGACAGUCGGUUGCCGAUCCAAACGUAGAUGGGAUUAUACCACCCGGAUGGCGUUUGAUAUCUAGAAAUAGCUAUCCGGUUGCUCCUUCUUUACAGCAGCAAGUUCCUAGUUUAGGAGGCUCUUCCAUGCCACUCCCAAACGUUGAUUUACAAAUGCGCCCUCCUUUGCAUACCGCACCUGUCGAAAUGCAGCGAUUUUCUUCUCUCGAAGCAAACUCUAUUCAAAGUUUGCACCAAAAAAUAGACGAAAUGCGAGGUAUGACGGAGCGGCUACAUUAUGAUAUGCAAGAGCUGCGUUCAUCAGUACGAAAUCUUGGAGUACUGGUUAAUGAAAGUGCUGUUUCUGAAGGAUUUAGGGAGCUUGAUCAAGAUAGGAGAAGUACGUUAUCAAAUUCUGUUGUAAGGGAACAGUUCAGUCAGCGCCCAAGUGCUUUGUCGUCAAGUUUAAUGAGUGAAACGUCUACUCAUAGAAACCCAAGAAAUGUACAAUUAGAAACACUAGAUGAAGACUUAUAAAGCAUAUAUGAAGUUUUGUGAUAAUGAAAAUUGACGAAUUUAGAAAAUAUGUUGCUCAAUAAAUGUUUAUGUAACCUUAUAUGGAGAAUAAAAUAUGAAGAAUUUACUCA